AUGCCUUCCAAAAGGCAACUGCGCACCCUCUUAGUGGGCGUGUUGAUCGGUGUCGUCUUCGUCCUCUUCUACACGUCGUCACUACGAGCGGACGAGGUCAAGGAUGAGCGGACGAUCCAGGACUUCUAUCACAAGACAGUCAAUGGUUUGAAACACAAGGAGCCACCCAACCAGGCCGUGUUAGAUCAGAACAAGCCCAAGGCAGUUGGCCACGUGCCCGUUGACAAGGACGCCGAUGGCGAUGUGGACGCAGAUGACGAGAAAUUGGCCAAAGACAUGGCAGGCCGGUUGAAGGCCGCCGAGGAAAAGGCCAAGGAACUCGCGAACAAGAAGUCGCCAUUAAAGCCAGAUGCACCAAGCGAGGUGGUCGGAAAGGGCAAUUCGGCCGCUGGCCAGGACAAGAAGAAGGAAAAGGCAGGCGCCGGAAAGGAGGUCGUUAAGGACAGCGCAGACGACACGAAGAAGACCGAGAGUGACGAGGAACAUGCUGUUGAGGUUGAGUUGAACACCAUCUUGAAAAAGUCGCCAGUUAUUAUCUUCUCCAAGUCCUACUGCCCAUACUCGAAGAAGGCCAAGGCCCUGCUGCUCGAAAAGUACUCGAUCGAGCCUGCGCCAUUCGUCGUCGAACUUGAUCAGCAUCCCCUUGGUGCCCAGUUGCAAGCUUUUCUGGGUGAAAAGACCGGUCGGAAGACAGUUCCCAACAUUUUGGUCAAUAGUGUGAGCAUUGGUGGAGGCGACGAUGUUACCGAGCUGGACGAGCAGAAGAAGUUGGUCCCCAGGAUUGUCGACCUUGGACAGAAGAAGGUCGAGAUGAAGGAGCGGUCUGCCAACAGCCAGAAGAACAACUAG